ACGAGAGUGCUACAAAUAAAAAAAGAGAAAAAAAGUGAAAUGAAUACCAGUUAGAAAUGUGACUAAAACAACCAAACGAAUUUAAUUGCAACCAAAAAAGAAGUAAGAAAAAGAAGAAAAGAUUUAACAAAGGAAACGAAAAUCCGAGUGCAGUUUAGAGCACAAGCUCACAAGGCAAACCACCAAGCGAAGCCAGCGAAGGGAUCAUCGAGAGCUAUAUAAAUCAGUGCUUUAGCGGCUAAACUGAGUUGAGGCGACCUAAGGAUCGCUUUUAACCAACAACAACACGAACAACAACAACAAACAACAAUAAUAAUGAGCAGUAAUGAUAGCGGCAAGUAUCGGCUGCGCAGCGCCUCCAUAUCGUCAUUGGUCAACAUCGAAGAGCAUGGGGAUGGAGAGGAGGCACCACAGUUUCCACCACAGAAGCCUCCACGUCGCAGCUCCCUCGCCUUUGGCCUAUUCUCCAAGACGGACAAGAGCCAGAAGCGGCGCAGCUCCAUUACAGCCGCAUUUCUGAGGCGUGAUAGCAGUAAGAACUUAACCAAAGAAUCGUAUGAAUCGGCUGUGCGCAGCGAGAAAUCCGAUGGCUCAGUGAUUAAUACGAACAGUCCCGAGAUUGUCUAUAGCUCGGAGGAGAAUAUACGGGCCAGCUCACCGAAUGAGCCCGGCAAACUGACCUAUUUCGAGGAUGGCACACAAACCCGUACCGUUGUCCAGGGCAUGAAUCCGUAUGAUACGCCCAAUGACCGACAGCGGCGACGUCGCAGCUCGCUGCAGACGAAGCUGGAUCGGCACAGACGCAAAAAAAUGGAGUAUAUCAAUCAGAGGAGUCUCGACUCCAAUCUGAUACACAGCGAAUCGCAGAGCGACCUGACCAAUGACAGUAUGGCGGUGAAUGUGACCAAUGCCAGCGAUAUGACCACCCGCUAUAACGAUGAUGAUGAGGACGAUAUUAUCGAUCCCGAUCAUAUCGAGUUUUUUCCGCGCGAGAAGCGACACUCCUGGUGGAACAUAUUCGUGCCCGAUAAAUUCAACGCCAGGUCACGUAGGGCUAGUCAAGAUGUUUCCAGUUUGUCACGCAGCGUUGACAAUUUGGCGAUACCCGUGCGCAGGAGCAAGUCGCGCAGCGUUGAUCAUGGCCUUGCGGCACCUUUCGAUUUGGAUUCGUUGCGCUCGAAAGUUGAGCAGCGUUUUGAGAGCGUCGACAAAUUGUCAAAGCAAAAGUCUUCAUUGCCCACCAUACCCACCAUUUCCUACACUGUGGGAAAUCGCGACACACUGACCUCAGUGGCGGCCCGUUUCGAUACGACACCAUCGGAGCUAACGCAUUUGAAUCGCUUGAAUAGCUCGUUCAUAUAUCCGGGUCAGCAAUUGCUGGUGCCCGAUAAGAGUGCCAAAGAUGAUGCGUCAACCAGUUCGUCUGGGACGAUUGAAGGGAUCGGCGGCAGUAUUUCCGGCAAGUCCAGUCCCAUUGAGCGCAAGUUAUCUAGCGAUGAGAGCAAGCAGGAGAAAGAUAUUUUGGAGGGUCUGCGUCCAGGCUCACCCAAGCCGGGCCACAUUGAACGCGUUGUGGGCAACAGCGGGUUGAGCAGCAACCGGCAGGCCGAGGAGCAGGCGGAUAAGAGCGAUGAUCCGGUGAUAACACAACGUUUUCUCAAGAUCAAUGUACGGCAUAUUACCGAUGGCCAAGGCGUCGUUGGUGGCGUCCUUUUGGUCACACGCAAUGCGGUCAUGUUCGAUCCGAACGUGAGCGAUCCGCUGGUCAUUGAGCAUGGUCCCGAAAGCUAUGGCGUCAUUGCGCCCAUGGAUCUGGUUGUCAAUGCCGCAAUAUUUCAUGACAUUGCGCAUAUGCGUGUCGCCGGAGGUGCUGGACCAAGUGUGGCUGCCGCCUCCGCAUCGGCCUCGAGCGCCGGCAGCGAUGCCGAGAAGCCAGAAAUAUACUAUCCGAAGCCAGUAUUAGUUGAGGAGGACUCCAAGGAGCUGUCCGAGCAGCAGGUCGAUCUGGAGGUCAACAAGCAACGCUUGGAUGUCGAAGUUGGUUCAUUGGAGAUCACCGAUGAUCAGGAAUCGCUGUGUUCCAGCACUGGUCGUGAGGGCGAUGCCUUCCCCAAGGCCUUUGAGCGUGAACGUGUCGAGGAUACAUCAACGGAUGCCAAAGAUAGCGCUAAGACUGACGCUCACGAUGAGGACGAGGAUAAGAAAAUGUUGGGCCUGACAAAUACACGCAGCACGCUGGAGGAGCGACGCAAGAGUCUACUGGAUCAUCACUGGGCCAUUCCGAGCAAAGAUCGAUCAUCGGAAGACGAGGCCGACAACGAGUCCAACUUGACGAUCGAUAGCGGCGCACGCGUCCAGGAAACACAAUCGGCAGCCAGUUCGAUUAGCGGCCAAACAGUCACCGCUGCUGGUGCUGCACCAACUGCAGCUGCAGCUGCAGCUUCUGUUGCAGGUGCAGGUGCAGCUGCUGGUGCUGCUGUUCCUCCAGUUGCUGGUAUGCUGCCACCGUCUGGCAUCGAUUUGGAGCAUCUGGAGCAGCUGUCGAAACAGUCGUGCUACGAUUCGGGCAUCGAUAUACGUGAACCAGUGCCGGCCAUACAACCAAUACCAAAGAAAACCGUUUACAGUGACGCCGACAUCGUUCUCAGCUCCGACUGGGUGCCACCAAAGAACAUUGUGCCCACACACUUUGGUGAAUCGCCGCCGCGUGGCACCAUUCUCGGCCAGAGCCUCGACACUGGCGGCGCACGCAAGAAGACCUCCAGUGUCAGCUUCAGUGUCGACGACGAGGCUGCUCAGCAGGCACAGGCCCAAGCAGCGGCAGCUGCGUCCAGCGUCGACAAGCAAGCGGACAAAAAGAAUAAGAUGUUGAAGCGUCUGUCGUAUCCAUUGACCUGGGUGGAGGGCCUCACCGGCGAGGGCGGAGCACCGCCGGCACCUGGCGGCAGCCUGAACAAGUCAUCGGACACGGAUUCAGCGCCCAAUACGGGUGACUCCAAUCAGAGUGUAUUUUCGAAAGUAUUCUCAAGCUCACCCAUCACUCUGGUCUCAGAGCUGGGCGGCAAUCUAUUUUCGAAAACACCGUCCGAAGAAUCUGGUGGGUCGCCAGUGCCGCCAUUAACUCCACAUUCGACACAUUCCGAGGGUCACAUGACCUAUGGGCGCUCCUCGAUUGGCACCUUUAUACGGCCGCACUCCUCGGAGGGCACCUCGUCGAGCACAAAGCUGAAGGAGGCCAAACAGCAGGCGCCCAAACUGGACUAUCGCUCCAUGGUCUCCAUGGAUGACAAGCCGGAAUUGUUUAUCAGCGUGGACAAGCUUAUACCGCGUCCCGCACGCGCCUGCUCUGAUCCACCUUUGUAUUUCCGCCUGCGCAUGGGCAAGCCCAUUGGCAAGGCAAUACCGCAGGGCACCACAGUCAUGUCCUAUGGCAAGAACAAGCUGCGCGCCGAAUAUUGGUUCAGUGUGCCCAAAAAUCGCGUUGAUGAGCUCUAUCGUUUCAUAAACACCUGGGUGAAACACCUGUACGGUGAGCUGGACGAAGAGCAAAUAAAGGCGCGCGGCUUUGAGCUAAUCCAAGAGGAUACCGAAUGGACAAAGAGUGGCACCACCAAAUCCGGCGGUAGUCAGGAUGGCGAGGACAUUAGCGAUCUCACCCGCGAGUCUUGGGAGCUUCUAAAGGCGCCGUUCGCCAAGACCUACAAGAUCAUAAAAACGGCUUCGCAUGCCGCAUCGCAUGAUUUGGAAAUGUUGGGCGGCGAGGUGCUGUCUAUGAGCGCAGAUGAAUAUCGCAAGGUCAACUAUGCAACUGGUUCCUUUGACCUGGACUUUCCCAUACCAGAUCUUAAUGGCAAAACAGAGAUACUCACAGAAGAGCAUCGUGAAAAGCUGUGCGCUCAUUUGCCGGCUCGUGCCGAGGGCUAUUCCUGGUCUCUAAUCUUCAGCACAUCGCAACAUGGUUUCGCCCUCAACUCCCUCUAUCGCAAGAUGGCGCGAUUGGAGAGUCCAGUUUUAAUUGUCAUUGAGGAUACGGAGCACAAUGUAUUUGGUGCUUUGACCUCUUGUGCGCUGCAUGUGUCGGAUCAUUUUUAUGGCACCGGCGAAUCCCUGCUCUACAAGUUUAAUCCCAGCUUCAAAGUAUUCCAUUGGACUGGUGAGAAUAUGUACUUCAUAAAGGGCAACAUGGAGAGCCUCUCAAUUGGCGCUGGCGACGGUCGCUUUGGCCUGUGGCUGGACGGUGAUUUAAAUCAGGGACGAUCGCAGAAUUGCAGCACAUAUGGCAAUGAGCCGUUGGCGCAACAAGAAGACUUUGUUAUCAAAACACUCGAAUGCUGGGCAUUUGUUUAAGUGAAUUUGUGUUGAGAACGCAAUCUAGAUGAAGAGUGAAGCCUACCUAUUUAAUUAAUUGAUAAUAUAUAAAAAUAUAUGUAUGUGUACUAAAAACAAACAACAACAAAAAAAAAAUAAUAAGAAUAAUAACUAAAACAACCUGAGAAUGAUAUCAAAAAAGCUAACGCGUGUCUAAAAAUAAUAAUAAUUAAUUAAAAACCAACUAUCAUAACAAUGUAAUCACACAGGAAAAUAAUAGAAGAAGAAAACCUAAACUUAACUUCAAAUGCAAUUGUGUAAAACAAAAUGCCUGUGAGCUAGUUGAGAAUUGCUAUAGAUGCGUUGAAACUUAUUAAUUAUUUAGUUUUUAUAUUAUAUAUUAUUAUUAAACAAAAGGCAACUAAAUUAUGUACUAGAUGUUAAACAGUGAGAAAACUACAAACAAAACAAAACAAAACAACACGACAACAAAAACAACAAAAGCAAGAAAACAAUUGAAAAGAACAUUUAAAGCACACGCCUCUCACAAAAACAACAAAAAAACAAAAGAAAAGAAACGAUUUGGACAUAAGCAUCAUGAAAACACAUCCAUACACACACACACACACACCCACACACACCAACACAUACACACUCAC